UUCUCUUUGAACCCUUUUUGUAUUCCUUCAAACACACAUGUCUGAGCAAAGUGAAUGAAAGUUGGACCGCUAAAGAAGCAAUCUUUAUGGCCACCCGAGUUAACUAACCACUUGUCUACAUUUGCCCUUUCUUGUAGGCAAUUCUGGGGAGGUGAGGUCCAAGGCUGCUGCUCAAAUAUGCAAAUGCUUCCUUCUGCAUGCCUUGCUGCUUCUGGUUUUUGAGUUUUUUGUGGGAACUGUAGCAAAAGCAGAAGAGGAGAAGAAGAAGCUUAAAUUGGAGUUUUGGGUUUUGUUGCAAGUCAUGGAAACAAGUAGAAAUAACACAAGAGUUUGCAUUGUUUUUCUGUAUUUAACUUUGGCAACUAUUUCCUUCACUCAAUGUGAGGCAAGAAGAUCAAUGAGAUUGCUAAAAGAUAGUCUUCCAAGUCCAACACAGCACCAAAGUCUGUUUCUCAAAGCUGCAAACAAAUUGAACUUAAUCAACCGCCUUGAUUUUCCAUUGGAGGGAUCAAAGGACAUCCAACCAUAUGAUGUGGAUUCACCAUUUACAUUGCCACCUUAUGAUUCUUUACCUCCAAUUUCCAUGCCUGAAAAUGCACCUCCAUAUUGUACAACUCCACCCAAUACCCCACAAACUCCCUCUACAACUGCCCCAACACCUAUUGUGUUAUCACCACCAACUCCCUCAUCACCCUUCGUUUACGUUCCCCCAACCCUUCCUCUCCAAAGUCCACCUCCAAGCCCAACAAGCAUUGUCCCAGGUUCACCACAAUCUAUCUCCACCCCUAAUCCACCGGAAACCUUCCCAAGCCCAACGGGCUUUGUACCCGGCACACCACAAUCCAUCCCCACUCCCAACCCGCCCGAAAGCGUCCCAAGCCCGCCUGAAAGCUUUCCAAGCCCGCCGGAAAGCGUCCCAAACCCACCGGGCUUUAUACCUAGUCCCGCUAUCUACAUCCCAAGCCCACCUUAUUUCGAGCCUAGCCCGCCCGGUCUUGUUCCAAGUCCGCCUUCUUCGGUACCAUCUCCUAUUGGGUUUCAACCAAGCCCGCCGGUGUUCCUACCUCCCAUUGUGUUCCCUCCGCCCACUACACCGCCGAGUCCAAGACGAGGCCCGACGGCGGCCCUGUGGUGCGUGGCUAAGCCAUCUGUGCCCGACCCCAUCAUCCAAGAAGCUAUGAAUUAUGCGUGUGGGUCUGGAGCUGAUUGCGCUUCCAUCCAACCCAAUGGGUCAUGCUUCAUGCCCGACACAUUGUUUGCCCAUGCUUCCUAUGCCUUCAAUAGUUACUGGCAAAGGACUAAGGUUGCUGGUGGCACUUGUUCUUUUGGAGGAACUGCAAUGCUAGUUACUGUUGAUCCAAGUUAUGAUGGGUGUCGAUUUGUUUAUUAUUGAUUUCAAAAUAGACUCGAUCACAAUGACAAUGCGGAUUUUUCUUUCUUUUUCUUUUUCUUUUCAACUUUUCGACAAGAAAAAUACAAAAUUUCAGUGUAUGUAACCCUAAUUUGAACAGGAAUUUUGUAAGUACAAUGUAAGGAUAACUUCUUGUUCAAUCAUGAAUACAAACUUCAAUAAUUUCUCAUGUUAUAAAUUGUAUUUUGUUGUAAUAAUGGGUAUGUUUGCCCACAUGUGUAUAGUA